AUGGAUGCAUUGGCUAAAAUUUUACAAAGAAAUAGUAAAUCAUUUGAUACUAGACGGACUACAUAUUUAGCCAUGAAAAUUACUAUUCAUAACCGUUUUGCUGAUACUUUAAACAUGGAAGGCCGCCGAGGGGAAAAACUUUCAUUUGGCAAAUACAAAGUUUGCACUACUAUCAUUGAUUGUGUUAAGGAAUUGUACCCUCAAAGUACAUUAUUGGAGAUCGAAAAUCAUAUAAGUGAUUGGCUUAAACAAGCUCCUCGAAGAUAA